GUUUGUUUCUAUGUGUAGGAGGAAUGCGAAUAGCAGGUUUAUUUUCUCCCACCACAACGUAUCUCCCCUUUCGUUCGACAGACCUAAUAGGAGUAACCCCAUUCGCGACACGCAAUGGAGUGGGCGUCGCCGCCCGUCGCCUUCCCUCUGCUCGCGAAUCCCAAGGCGUACACUGCGAGCUCCGUGGCUCUACGAGGCGACUCCGACGAUCCGGCGCAGCUGACGGCCAAGGAGCGCGAGCUGGUCGGCUCGUUCAAAGAGAGAAUUCCGCUGUGGAGGCAGCAAGCAGAGAGGGAUACAUCGGUGGACAACGCAGCAGAGAGGGCGGCCAAGUUCGAAGAACGGCUGGCAUGCAUGCUGGAUGAUUUCAGCCAAGACCCUGAGAGCCAUGGGGGGCCUCCAGAUGCCAUGCUGCUGUAUCGUCUGAGGGACCUCUGCCUGCGGGAGCUGGGGUUUGACGACAUCUACACACAAGCCAAGGAUGAAUCAACUCGCGCAGCCCUGCUAGUGUUACCAUCCGUCCUUGCAGCCAUUGAUGACAUCAGUGAUGACGUCAGCCGCUCCGAAGCCCUCAUCCGCGGCAUGCUGGCCGGCAAUCUGGCCGCCUUGGACAGCACGGACGACAGGGACUGGUCGGCAGACUUUCUGACUCUUUCUGACAGUCUGCCGCCCAAGCCGUGGGUUGUGGAUGACACAGAGGGGGCGGCGCAGGCAUGGAGCAAUGGAGGGGAGGACAAAUGGAGUAAGGCAGUGAUUUUUUGCGCGGGGGCGGGCAGUGAAACAGUGCUUGGGAUGCUGCCAGCAGUCAGGGACUUGGCCAAGAGAAACGUGCAGGUGAUUUUGGUGGCGCCAGACAUGCCUUCAGGUGCUGCCAUCACACACGAGGACCUGAUGAAUCUCCUGCACCAGGUGCAAGCAGCAGCGCCUGACGACGCCUUGAGCAUCGCCAUCAGCAGCAGUCGCAUCCUCGUCCUCAACUCCGGUUCGGACCUCCAGGCCAUCGACCUAUCUGCUGUUUCACCUGAGCUCGCCUAUGCAGCAUCAGAUGCUGACGCCAUCAUGCUACACGGCCAGAGCCAUGGGUGGGAGACCAACUUUGGUGCACGGUUCAAGUGCCCAUCCCUUCGUGUUGCUGUGGUGCAACAGCAGGCUGCUGGUGAUCUUGGAGAACGGCACUCGAGUUGCGUAGUGAAAUACACCAUAGCUGUUUAGGAACCUAUGUUAAUAUGUGCAGCUGUAGUAGGUUUCACCUAUCAGAAAUUGGAGAAGUGAAUGAUCACUAGUGAGAGUACAGAAAGAUAUACCUAAGAAUUGUACCCUCUAAGAGGUGACCCUAUACAGUCUAUACAAACAUAACG